CUGGCGUCCAGACUCGGAUCUUCUCGUCGGAUCCGGUCUCGGGUUUCGUGCCACGUCGUUUCCACUUCCUGAAGACUCCAAACUUCUCCCGGAGCAUCUGAGUCCAGCACCCGGUUCAGACUGAGAGGAUGCUGAGAGAACGAGGAGCAGGACAGGUCAUGUGACCGGACGGACGGACGGACGGACGGACGGACGGAUGAACGACAUGGGUUCAUCAGACCUCCUCCUGGCCGGCAUCGUGUUGGCUCUGGGAGGCCUGGUCUUUGGUUACGAGCUGGGGAUCAUCUCUGGAGCUCUUCUGCAGCUGAAGGCCGAGUUCAGACUGUCAUGUGUCCAGCAGGAGGCGCUGGUCAGCUCCCUGUUGGUUGGGGCGCUGCUGGCCUCCAUCCUUGGCGGGUACCUGAUUGACCGUCAUGGCCGCCGGACCACCAUCCUCCUUGGUAAUGUCCUGGUCCUGACAGGCAGCGUGGUCCUGAUGCUCAGGUUCUACUGGGCUCUGGUUCUGGGCAGAGUCAUCGUGGGCUUCGCCGUGUGCGUCUCAUCCAUGUCCUGCUGUAUCUUCGUGUCAGAGCUGGUCAGUCCGGAUCACAGGGGGGUUCUGGUGACCCUGUAUGAGGCCGGGGUCACCGUGGGCAUCCUGGGAGCCUAUGCCGUCAACUACCUCCUGUCGGACUCAGAGGGAGGCUGGAGGUGGAUGUUUGGACUGGUGGUGGUUCCAACCCUGGUUCAGCUCGUCUCCAUAUGCUUCCUUCCCUCCAACACAGAGGAACCGUCCAGAGACCGAACCCGUAGACGCCUGAUGGAGACCCAGCAAAUGGACGACCCGGAUCAGUUCAGCACCAUGUACCUCCUCCAGAGUAAAGACAACAUGAGGGUCCGUACGGUCAUCGGCCUGGGUCUGGUUCUGUAUCAGCAGUUCACGGGCCAGCCCACCGUCCUCUUCUACGCCUCCACCAUCUUCCACUCUGUAGGUUACCACAGCGACGCGGCAGCGCUGCUGGCAUCCGUGGGUUUGGGUGUGGUCAAAGUGUUGGCGACUGUGACGUCCAUGUUGUUUUCAGACCGUGUGGGCAGGAGGCCUCUGCUCAUUACCGGAUGCUCCGUGAUGGCGGUUUGUCUGAUGACCAUUGGCCUCCUCAGUGGACGCUCAGCUGCUGGUGCCACCAGGCCUUGUGUUUCACAGGAAGCGGUCGCCAACGCCACAGAUCUGCCACCGGUGGGCGUCGGUCCUCAGUCAGCAGUUGACCUGAAUCAUGUCCUUGAGCUCCGUAAAAACACAACCAUCCAUGGAGGGUUAGGACAUGAUGAGACCGGACUGGAAGUGGACUCAGGUGUGGUCUGUACCGUGGUCAACUGGAUCAUCCUCUUCAGUAUGAUGGGCGUGGUCAGUGCCUACGCCAUCGGAUUCGGACCCAUGACGUGGCUCCUCCUCAGUGAGAUCUUUCCGGCCGCCGUCAGAGGUCGAGCAUUCGCCUUCGCAAACGGUUUCAACUGGGCCGCCAACCUCCUGGUCACCUCCACCUUCUUAGAUGUGACUGACGCCAUUGGCCUGUCGGGGCUGUUCGUCUUGUUCGGGUUGGUGGCUGUAGCGGCGGCGGUUUUCUUCUCCCUGACACUUCCGGAGACCAAAGGGAAGUCUCUGGAGGACAUCGACCAGGAGCUGAGGUCCAUCAGGUUCGACCACGUGGGGCGGUGCUGGGCCUUCAUCAGGAGGAGGAGGCGGAGCUCGUCUGCUCGGUAUCAGAGGGUCCGAUGUGAUGUCAGCGCCUCGUCCUGAUUGGACAGAACAUGGACGGACCAGGUCUGGAUGGAUACCACUGUCAGGCGCCAAGGAAGUUCACACUCAUGUUCAACUCUUCAGACUGUUUUCCAGAUGUUUCCAGGUUCAUGUGGGAUGUUUUCACGUUCUUCUGGUUUUGACACUCGAGUCCGGUUUCCAAAGAUCCUCUCUGGUAAAGAUGGACGUGUUUACAUCCAUACUAAUACUCUGAUCAUUAUCUGAUUUGUGGAGUUAUCAGAUAAUUAUUGAUCAUACAUCUGUGUUUCAUUAACCUGAGAGUGGGAUCCCUCAGGGGACCGUCUUAGGCCCCAUCAUUUAUAUGUUUACAUCACUGUAUUUUCAGAUGUAAGUCUACAGAUGUACACUGAUGACCCUAACCCUGUUUAUGUUCACUCUAAUACUCUGAUCAGGAUCUGAUUUGUGGAGUUAUCAGAUUAUUAUUAUUGAUCAUGUAAACAGUAUAAUCUGAUCUGUUUUAUCAGAUAACAGCAGGAAUCUGAUCAGAAUAAAUCUGAUUAAUACACCAUGUCUUCCUGCAUGUAUACAGGUUCAUCUGAUUAAUUUAAUUUUUACAUCUGCACAUGUGGGAAAAAAAAUCAUAGAAAACAGGAGUUGAUGGAGUCAAACAUGAGCUGAAAACAGAAAGUUCUAUGUCACUAGACUCAAACAAAACAAAACAAAAAAAAAACCAUUAACAAAAUAAUUAAAGAUGAACAAAACUGAACAAAAAUUGAAUAAUUUAAUGAACAAAAUGAGUAAAACUGAACAACAUGAGUCAAAGA